AUGGAUGGGGUUGCUGGAGGAGUUGCCACUCCUGGGUCCACAGGGGACACCCUCCCAAGAAAGAAUGGAGAGUCAAAGCGGCGUAGUAAGGGAAGCCUCCCAUCUCCCGGCUAUCGCCUGUCCCAGGCCUCUCUGGAGGGAGACAAGGACAGCACCUCUUCAGGAGGACGCGGACGCCGUUUGUCCAUCAUGAGCUCCUCUAACAGGGAUGGUUUGGCAUUCCGCUUUGCGGGCACCCCCACCACUCCAGCACCGCUGCCUCCACCCCCCUCCUCCUCCUAUCCUCCUGCCCGGUCUGUGGGCUUUGCUUCAUCCAGAGCAGCCCUGGCUUCCACCUCUUCCACCGGUACAGGGGUCAUGGUGGUGGCCACUGGCCCAGAGACCACCACCACCACAGCCUGUAACACCACUGUGGGCACCCCAGAGACCAUGGGCCCAUUGGGGAUGGGGGGCUUCGGCAUGGGCCUGGGCCUGGAUGGGGAGGACUACAGCAACUCCAACCAGAGCACUUUCAUUCAGAGGCAGUUUGGGGCCAUGCUGCAGCCAGGGGUCAACAAAUUCAGCCUGCGUAUGUUUGGCUCACACAAAGCUGUGGCCAUGGAGCAGGAGAGGCUGAAGUCUGCGGGCUCCUGGAUCAUACACCCCUACAGCGAUUUCAGGUUUUACUGGGAUCUCCUGAUGCUGCUCUUGAUGAUGGGAAACCUCAUCAUUUUGCCGGUGGGAAUCACCUUCUUCCGGGAGGAGAACACUGUAUCGUGGAUCAUCUUCAACGUGGUCUCGGACACUCUCUUUAUGGUCGAUCUGGUUCUGAACUUCAGGACGGGCAUCGUGAAGGAGGACAGCACAGAGAUACUGUUAGACCCCAGGGCUAUCCGUCUGAGGUACCUGAAGAGCUGGUUCUUGGUUGACUUUGUCUCAUCCAUCCCCGUGGACUACAUCUUCCUAAUGGUGGACAGUUUGGACUCGGAGGUGUACAGAACAGCCAGGGCCCUGCGCAUCGUUCGCUUCACCAAGAUCCUGAGCCUCCUGCGACUACUGCGCCUGUCCAGACUGAUCCGCUACAUCCACCAGUGGGAGGAGAUCUUCCACAUGACCUAUGACCUGGCAAGUGCCAUGGUGCGGAUAGUGAACCUGAUCGGGAUGAUGCUGCUGCUGUGUCACUGGGACGGGUGUCUGCAGUUCCUGGUUCCCAUGUUGCAGGAUUUCCCUCCAGACUGCUGGGUCUCCAAGAACCUCAUGGUGAAUGACACAUGGGGGGUGCAGUACUCGUAUGCCCUGUUCAAAGCCAUGAGCCACAUGCUGUGUAUUGGAUACGGGGCCCAGGCUCCAGAGGGGAUGACUGAUGUCUGGCUCACCAUGCUCAGUAUGAUCGUGGGCGCCACCUGCUACGCCAUGUUCAUAGGGCACGCUACUGCGCUCAUACAGUCCCUGGACUCUUCUCGCCGCCAGUACCAGGAGAAGUACAAGCAGGUGGAGCAGUACAUGUCGUUUCAUAAACUCCCCGCGGAUGUCCGUCAAAAAAUCCAUGAAUACUACGAACAUCGAUUUCAAGGAAAGAUGUUUGAUGAGGAGAACAUCCUGGGAGAACUCAGUGAACCUUUGAAAGAGGAGAUUGUGAGCUUUAAUUGUCGCAGCCUAGUGGCAAAUAUGCCACUGUUCGCAAACGCGGAUCCCAAUUUUGUGACGGCUGUGCUGACCAAACUGCGCUUUGAGGUGUUUCAACCAAAUGACUUCAUCAUUCGUGAGGGAACUGUGGGACGUAAAAUGUAUUUCAUCCAACAUGGCAGAGUCAGUGUCUUGACCCGAGGCAACAAAGAAACCAAACUAAGUGAUGGAUCAUAUUUUGGAGAGAUCUGCUUGCUGACUCGUGGGAGGAGAACAGCCAGUGUCCGUGCUGACACUUACUGCCGCCUAUACUCUCUGAGUGUGGACAGUUUUAAUGAGGUACUGGAGGAACAUCCCAUGAUGAGACGUGCAUUUGAAACUGUUGCUGUUGACCGUCUGGAUAGAAUUGGGAGAAAGAACUCUGUGCUCCUGCGGAAGUCCUCUCAAGGCGGCUCACUUGGGGGCAGUAUGGGCCGAGGAGGAGGUCGGGGUGGAGGUCCGGCUGGAGGGCUGGCAGCAGGUGGACUUGGAUCGUCAGACAGCAUCUUGGUGCAACAGAUUGUUAAACAUGACAGCAUGCCAGCCAUGCAGGAUGCCAUUGCCGCAACAGCCGCAGGGCGUGGCGGGGUAAUGGGGGGCAGUGGUACAGUGUCUCCUCGGCCGCGGCCUGUGAUCUGGGCCCCUCUGGUGCACGCACCACUGCAGACUGCAGCUGCUACCAGUAAUGUGGCCAUCGCUCUCAUGCACCAGCAGCAGCAACAGCAGCAGUUUCAGCAGCUCCAGCAGCAGCACGCACUCAGUGCAGGAUUCUUUCUGCCCUCACCCCUCAUCUCCCCCUCUCCUUCAGGGUCCUUCCCCCUGUCCCCUCCACGGGGCCCCAUCCUGCAGCCACUGCGUCCCUCCGUCAGCUCUCUAAUCGGAAUGAUGGCAAUGAGCGGAAUGGGGGGACUAUCCCCAAGAGGAGGCUUUCCAAUCUCCCCACCCUCCAUGAUGCCUUCUGGAGGGGUUAUUUCCCCACCAAUUACCAAAACUUCAACUACUGCAUCUUCUGUGCCAAAUGCAGUGCAGCAAGGACGUCCUCUUCAUUACAACGUCCGAAUGCCAGCUGAUCCUACUCUAGUUGGUGUAGGAACUCCUUUGGCGACCGGACCUCCGACUUCACCCAUCCCGAAAUUCCCUACAACCAGCCCUAAUGCUGCUCCUGUUGCAGUCCCCGAAGCACAGACCUCUGUCGGCUCACAGGGGGCUAAAGAAGCUCUCCUCCGUCAUGGAGGAACCAACUGCCAGGGUCUUCCAGCACUAGGCCGACUCACCCAGGAAGCCAGGCUGCUCUCAGCCUCACAGCCCACUCUGCCUCACCGUUCAUGGGCUGCAGUGCAACCGCACCCUCCUCUACACCGGAAAGCGUCAGGGGGUAAUCUGCUGUGUGCUCAGUUUCUAGCAGGGCAGCUGGCCAGAGGGGGCAGUGCAGGUGUUCUGACAUACAACGCUCCUGUUCAGCAGCACUGUUCCAAACACAGCACAACACCCUGUUACCAGCCCCCAUGCUGGUCAGAUCACACCUUCAGCUUCUCUGUCCACCUCCACCUCCCCCAAACAGAGCCCUCUGCCCUCAUCAACACCCUCGCCUGCCACCCCCUCCUCUCCCACUCCAAUACUGGUCCAGAUGGUAAGGCCAAAGCCCAUGACCAUGCCUUCAUCCGGCUCGCCUUCUCCUCCUCCCUGCUCCACACCGCCCUCUUCAGGCACCAGCCCGUUAUCCUUAUGCUCCACUCCACGUCCCAAACCGCUAUCUUCCUCCAACCCCUGCUCUGCCUCCCCAUCACCAUGCUCCACUCCUCCUCCUUCCUCCAGCUCCACUCCGGUCCAACUGCCUCAGACAUAUUGCCCCAAAUCGUCCCUCACCUCCUCCUCUCCUCCGUCUUCUGUUCUCUCGACCUCUCCUCCUCAUGCUCAGAACCCCAGAACCAAAGCUUCAAUCACACCUCCUUCCGCUUCUCCACUCCUCAGUCCAGUUCCAUCUCCGUUGUCUUCCCCCGUCCCAACCCCUACCUCCCGGACACGCUUCUCAGUCAUAUCCCAAGCACAGACUCUCUCUUCUGUAGUUUCCCAAAGCUUUGCUGCUGCGUCUCCUGCUUCCACUGCAGCGCCAGUGACAAAGACCCAAAGUCCAUCCACAUGCUUGCAACCUGCUGCAAGGGGUCACAACAACUCAAGUCCCAAACAGGCUCUGACCCCAACUCAGACAAUACUACCAAGUUCCACCUCUCCCACUAG